AAUUCGCAGCAGAAACGCACGCUUUUUAUUUUCUAAUUUUACAAUUUAUAAAUUGAUUUAAAUAAUGAUUAUUCCUAUACGUUGUUUUACCUGCGGCAAAGUUAUUGGCAACAAAUGGGAAUCUUAUUUGGGUUUACUGCAAGCCGAGUACACCGAAGGUGAUGCCUUAGAUGCUUUGGGUUUGAAACGCUACUGUUGCCGUCGUAUGUUAUUGGGUCAUGUGGAUUUGAUUGAAAAAUUGUUGAAUUACGCUCCUUUGGAGAAAUAAUAUGUGGUAUACAUAAGUGGAGAUGUUUAGAAUAAGUUAGUUUUUUAUAAAUUACAAAGUAAAGAAAUGAACUCAAAAACAAA